AUGCUUGCGCUCAGAAAAAAGCUGCUCGCGAGCUGCUUUGUGGUUGUAGUCGCCACACUAGUGCUUUUCUCAGUUCACAGACAUCUAAAUCCGUCCUUAUCGGUCAGAGAGAAGUUUUAUGCCGAAGUCUUCCAAAACAUCAAGAAGUUCAGUCCGAUUCAUCCUCCCAAGCAACGGGAGUCUGUGAAACUGUCCGGAUGCGAUAUGGGCAGCUCUGGUAUCAAUAAAGGCGACUCUGUGGCUCGCACCACGUACAAGAAUCUCGAUCGCUGCUACAAGCUGUCGAAUUUGCAAUUCGAAGGCCUACAGGCCCCACACACAGGAUUCUUAGCAGCCGUACGAGGCUUAUUCAAAUACGAAUCCAGCUCAUCGAUACACGAACAGCUUUUCCCCCGGGAAGAAGGUUUUGUCACCGUGGGCGGCGGCAGAUUUUCACUGCUUUCCUACACGAUGAUAAAAACGUUACGUGAACGGGGGUCGACUUUGCCCGUUGAAGUUGUGAUUCCACCUCAGGACGAAGCGGGAGAGGAACACUACUGCAAUGAAGUUCUGCCCGAGCUCAAUGGCCGUUGUGUUUUCUUCAGUGACGUUUUGCCCAAAGAUCUGCUCAGUGCCUGGGAAUUCAAGCGAUACCAAAUCAAGUCCGUGGCGCUUCUGAUCUCCAGUUUCAAAAAAAUCGUAUUCAUUGACGCGGACGACUUUCCACUGAAAAAUCUAGACUCUGUUUUCAAGAGCGAUGUAGUCAAACAGAAUGGGCUGGUGUUGUGGCCCGAUCUUUGGAGACGUGUCACUGCACCCGUGUUUUACCGCAUUGCCAAUGUGGAUGUCGACUUGAACGACAGAGUGCGCAACCUGGGGGAUGAUGUCUCUCCUCCCUCGCGCUACCAAAAACCCGGUGAAAAAUUGGACCUGGACGCGAUUCCAUUUCACGACUUGCAAGGCGCUGUUCCAGACCCCACUUCUGAAUCUGGACAAAUGAUCAUCGACAAAGUCCGCCAUUUGCAAACUUUGCUUUUGGCUCUUUACUACAACGUGUACGGGCCCGAAUGGUACUACUCGCUGAUGUCUCAAGGUACUGCAGGAGAAGGUGACAAGGAAACGUUUGCCACUGCGGCUCACGUAUUGGGACUACCUUAUUACCAAGUGAAAACAAAACUGGCAUUCGAUGGCUACCACUCCAAUGGCGGAUUUUCCGGCGUAGCCCUGCUGCAACACGAUUGUGUACAGGAUUUCGAAUUACAUGAAAGAGCCAUUAGCCGUGUGAGAAAGGAUAUGACGGAAUAUCAAAAAUUCGAUCCCGCUUAUGACGCAGAGGAUGGUUUCUACAAUGAUUUACAGAAACGGAGGGAUAAAUCCGACAUCGACGUAAUGUUCGCACACGCCAGUUACCACAAGUUUGACCCAUGGCAGCUCUAUAACGAGAAGAUCUACCUCAACCCCGACGGAUCCCAAUUCCGGUCCUUCCACAAUCUCAAAAAGAUCAAAUACUUUGAUAUCGAAUUGUUCAAUUUCGAGGUACUCCAGUCCGCCUUGUGCUCCACGAAAGUAAUUAAUUUUGCCUACUUGAAGGACAAAUAUGGCACUGCAAAAUGGACUGAAGUCUGCCAAUAUGUGAACGACCGUGUUACUUUCCUAAGAGAGAGUCAUAAGAGUGCAAUUGGGCAGGUUUGA